CACCUCUUCCAAUACAACAAUCGCCGCACUUCUGCAUAGCGACGAGAUGUUCACGGGCAUCGUUGAAACGAUAGGCACCGUCUCCCACCUCAUCCAGCACGAUGACUCCUCCAGCGGCGGCGGAGGCACCUCCCUGACCAUCUCCGACUGCGCCGCAAUUCUGGACGAUUGCCACUUGGGCGACAGCAUAAGCAUCAACGGCACUUGCCUUACCGUGACCGAAUUCGGCAAGAAUGAGUUCAAGGUCGGCGUUUCGCCUGAAACGCUGCGGAGAACGAAUCUCGGCUCGCUGAAGGAGGGUAGUCGAGUCAACCUCGAGCGAGCCGUGAGCGCCAGUACGCGCAUGGGCGGGCACUUCGUACAGGGUCAUGUGGACACUAUCGCCACGAUCGCGGAGACUAGAGAGGAUGGGAACGCGAUUACGUUCCGGUUGCAGCCGAGGGAGAAGGCCGUGCUGCGUUAUAUCGUGGAGAAAGGAUAUGUCACGCUAGAUGGGGCUUCCUUGACCGUGACGGCGGUGAAUGAUGAUGAGGAGGGGUGGUGGGAGGUGAUGCUUAUUGCGUAUACGCAGGAGAAGGUGGUGAUGGGCAAGAAGCGGAAGGGUGAGGAUGUCAAUGUGGAGGUGGAUAUGGUGGGGAAGUAUGUUGAGAAGAGUGUGGCGGCGUACUUUGAGGGGAGUCAGGGUAGUGGUGGCGCGAUGCUGGAGAAGAUGGUGCAGAGGCUGGUCGACGAGCGGUUACAAGCAAAAGGCACAUGAAGGGUUCGUCGCCUACUUUCUGAUACAACCUAAUGGCCGUACCAAAUCUGAUUCGUUGAAUGUGCUCUAUAACCAGCAGUGCCAGUAUUGCUUCGUGGAAAGAAGUUGCCACUUGGUCAAGCACAUGUUACCACAACCCACAACCAAUUGAAACCGACCUCCUUCUUUACGCUUCCUUUUCUACACUGAUGUAUCACUACACAAGCAUUGUUACACUGCUCAAAGCAAACGCUGUCGUAUUGUACAGGGGUAUCACGUCAGCCCGCCAAACGCUCAUGAAACGCCCGCU